GUUUAAAAUUCAGCCAAGAGCUUGACCUACGCAUGCACCUACAGCUAGACGAUGAGUCAAACGUCGUUUCAAAAUUACAACUGGUUAACAGUACUAUUUGUCAUCCUAAGUCCGAGUAAUGUUAUGCGACUAUUAUGGGAAUGACCAUUGCCAUGAGAUAUUAUAAUAUGUAUAUGACGUGUUUAAAGCGUCACGAUACGCGGACACAAAUCAUCCACUAUUAACUCUACGUUAUAAAAACGUGUUGUGGAGGUUACCCGAAGAGACUGCUACAUUAUAAACGGCAAUUGCAUUGGUAAUCGUUGUUAUUCUUUCACGAACUCCGAUCAAGUCGAGUUCGGCGCAACUAAGGAAACCCGAAAAUGGUUUCCAAUUGUUUUAUUAAGGCAAAAGUCAUUGCGUUAGUAUGCGCUGUCGCCCUUUCUUCUCGUCUGGUCGUCGGUUUUCCAGAAUCGGAUUAUGAUCGACUACAAUUGCAACAGAUCAAACUGCAGGAAGAAAUCCAAGAAAAACUCCACCAACAACAGCUGAUACAACAACAAAUUUUACUGCUACAGCCGCACCAAAAGAUAUCACAGUCGAUACCGUCGCAACAAGCCCAAUCACAGCAGCAAAUCCAACAGCAAGCACAACCCUUGCAGUCACAACAGCUGUACAUCCAAGAACAGAGCCAACCGGGUUCGUCACAAAUGUUUAUUCAGCAGCAAUUACAGCCCGAACAUAAACUGCAACAGCAACCUCAACCGUUAGAUGUCCAGCAACAAAACGAACAGCGUUUCCAGGCUCAAGUCCAACAGCAAAAUCAACAAGAACUGCUGCUAAAAGAACAGCUACAACAGCAGUCGCCUAAGUUUGUGCGCAUAACGGAGGUUUGUUUAGCAUGUAUUUGCGAAGCUAUGUCGUCGUGCAAUCGCAGCUUAACGUGCGAAGGAGAUGUAUGCGGCCCGUUCCGCAUCACGUGGGCGUAUUGGUCGGACGCCGGAAAACCGGUUUUGUAUGGGGAUAACCCGAACGAUGGACAAGCGUUUGCCAGGUGUGCCAACGAUUUGGUGUGUUCCAAACAAACGGUUUUGGCUUACACGUCCAGAUUCGCUCAGGACUGCAAUGGCGACGGCCAAGUCGAUUGUUGGGAUUACGCUUCCAUCCACAUACUGGGUGGUUACGGGUGCAGGGCGCCGUUAAGUCAAAAUUUCAAAAAUAAAUUUGAAACCUGUCAGAAAUCAGUGAACGAACUGUCGGGAUCUCCCAUUACACAGCAAGCCAACGAAAACAUAAUCUUCCCACAAAAUCCAGCAGUAGCAUAACAAAUCAAUUAAUCCUUGGACACAAUUAUUAUUUAUUUUUUAACUGCCUACUAUUUUAUGAUAAUCAAUAUUAAAUUUUUAUAAUACGUUUAAUAACUUAUCAUAUAAUACAUAAUAAUAUA